CGUAAGCUUGUUGUUUUUGUAAUUUCCCAAAUUUUAAAUGGGCAUUGCUCCAUCUACUGCCCUCUUCUGUUAUAACUCGUAACCCAGGCAAUCUAAAGCCCAAACCGGUAGUAGAUGCCGCCGGCUGAAUCCACAGCCAUUCCAGUGGAGUGCCAGAGGCUGCAUCAGGCGCUGUGCGAGUGCCACCGGCGUGUUUCGCCGGGUCUCGGACGCGAAAUGUCCUGUCGCCACUUGAAUCGUGCCUUGGCCCAGUGCGUCGUGUCUGUGGCUUGUCCUGAAGAGUUGGAGGUGGUUCGCAGCCUUUGUGCUAGCGGCGGGACUGCGCUGAAAAGGUCUCAGUGCCAGCGGGCCCAGCUUUCUUUAUCCGUCUGCCUUGCAUCCCAUCAACACGACCCCUCUCCUGAUUCAUGAACAAAUCUCCCUCUAACGUCACUUUUGUCUCUGUUUCUUUCAUUUGCAUCUCCACAGGCGAGUUUCUUUUAUAUAAUUUUUAAAAAUUAAUUUUCAGUUCAAGUUCAAUAUUUUAUAUGAUCUUUUUUGGUUUCAAUUUUAUCCUUUUUUUCCCCUGGCAUAGAUUGCGGAAUCUCCAAUUCCUUGCGAUUGAUUUGUUAUUCUCCUGUUCCAUUACCAGUUUUUAAGAAGAGCAGAAGACUGAAAAGAAGGUGCCCCUAUUUGUUUGGUGAUUCUUGAACUACUCAGGUCUUUAUAUUUGAUCUAUAUGAGCAAAAAAUACCAUUAGUGCAGAAAUUUUAUUUCGUUCAUAAUUUGGGUAAUUUUUUUUCCCCUGAAGUUCCAUAGUUGAUUGGAUUCUUCACCUUUUUAAUUAAAUUAGAAUUACUGUGGAAAAUUCUUUUAGAUGCAGCUAUACCAGUAUACUUGUAUUCAUUUUUAAGCGUUUGUGAGGGUUUAAAACUCACUGGUAAAAAGUCCAUCUCCUGGAUACUAAAAAAAAGGAGCUUGUUACCCAGCAUUCUCUAGUGAAGUAGAGAAACUAGACAUUAUAUGUGUGAUUUAUUUAUUUAUUAAUUUAUUUUUAAAUUCCACCCAAUUGUUAUGUGUGCUGCAAGACAAAGAGGAGUCUCUUUCCAGAUUCAAUGCAUGGUUCCUGUCUUCUGCAAGGUAAAGUUGCAUGUCAUUGCAUGAGGAGGUACAGCCUUAUGACCACUAGUGAUGGCGCUAAAUUGGCUUUUUGAUUCCUGUCUACUUCAAAAUGAAGCUGAAUCCCUCAGCAAUUUUGCAUGAGGAACAGUCAUGUAAGCAGCAGUAAUGGUACUAAAGUGUCUUGUUUGUUGGAUUAAUGUUAUGCAGUGAUAGCCGGGGGAGGCAGGAACUUUACCUAGUGCAUUUUGUGGUUCUCUCAUAGUGUUCAUUGUUUUCUUGGCACCAUCAUUGACAUCAUCCAUAGUCCCUACAAGAGAAUUGUGAGAAUCGAUAAUGGAUUUCAAGCUUUCCACAAUAUCUUCCAUCAAUCUUCAAUAUGAGAGGCUGCUACCUUCAACUCAAGCAUUUUUGCUUUGGAGAUCCCCUCAUCAGGUAGCUCUUACAUGCACAGGACUUUGGAGGGCCUCAAGCUCUGUCUCAUGCUCACUUCCAAACAAAUUGACUAUCAAAUGGAAACCAAGCAACAUUACAUCUCAA